UCACCCUCUAAUGGCGCUUCCAAGCUCACUCCCAUAUUCCACCAUCAAAUCCACGCCGCCGCAUCUCUCCGCCUUCAACCACCAACCUCUAACUCUCCCAGCUACUUACCGGAGCACCACCACCACCAACCGUCGAUUCUCUAAGCUAACCUCCUUCCGAUGCUCGUCCUCCUCCUUCUCCGAGAAGCACCACAACAACGCCAACCCGCCCAAAUCCGACGACCUCGUCGAGCUCCCUCUCUUCCCUCUCCCUCUCGUCCUCUUCCCGGGAGCAACCAUCCCGCUCCAGAUCUUCGAGUACCGCUACCGCGUCAUGAUGCAGACCCUCCUCCAAUCCGAUCUCCGAUUCGGCGUCGUCUACUCCGACGCCGUCUCAGGCUCGGCGGCGGGAGUCGGAUGCGUCGGGGAGAUCAUCAAGCACGAGCGCCUCGUCGACGAUCGGUUCUUCCUAAUCUGCAAGGGCCAGGAGCGGUUCCGCGUCACGGAUCUCGUCCGCACGAAGCCUUAUCUAGUCGCGAAGGUGACGUGGCUGGAGGAUCGGCCCUCCGGGGAGGAGAAUCUCGAGGAGUUGGCGAAUGAGGUGGAGGUGCUGAUGAAGGAAGUGAUUCGAUUGUCGAAUAGGUUGAACGGGAAGGCGGAGAAGGAGGAGUCGCGGGAUCUGAGGAAGAAUCAGUUUCCGACUCCGUUCUCGUUCUUCGUCGGGAGCACGUUCGAAGGGGCGCCGAUGGAGCAGCAGGCGUUGCUGGAGCUGGAGGAUACGGCGGCGAGGUUGAAGAGAGAGAGGGAGACGCUGAGGAAUACGCUUAAUUACUUGACUGCAGCUUCUGCUGUGAAAGAUGUCUUCCCGUCGAGUUAGUUUAUUAUCGGUACUGGUCUCUCUUCGGUGUUUGAAGUUUAUUGGAUACGCUAUAUUUGAUCAUUGUGUAAAGUUUCAUAGGUACUAGAUUGUGGAGAUGUUUGAUAGGAUCCUAUAGUUUGGGUUUAUCAAGAAAUGUGUUUUGCUUGAUUGCCUCUAUGGUCAAAGCAUAUAGUCUAGUGAUGCAAGUUUAAGUUCUUAAUCCCAUAUAUUUGCUUCUUGAGUAUAUUCGUUGAAAGCCUGUUAAAAUUGAUUUCUAAAGAA